UGCGGUUUGUGAAGUUGGUCCAGCAAGCAGGGCUGUUCAUGACUCUCCGCAUUGGGCCUUAUGUGUGCGCAGAAUGGAAUUUUGGAGGGUUCCCUGUUUGGUUGAAGUAUGUGCCGGGCAUUUCCUUCCGAACCGACAACGAACCUUUCAAGGCGC